GUUGGAAGCAUCAUAUCAACAACUACUUUUGUAUUACGGCUAGCUUAUACUAUUUAGAGAAGCUAAGUUUUCUAAGAAGAACACUCUUUGAACUUGAGGCACAGAAUAUCAAAAUGGGUAGAGCCAUGCCCAAGUGAUAUAUAUUCGCCCGCAACCAACAAGAAGUAUCUCGGUCUAUUUCAAGACACUGCUUACAGGUACAUACUAUCGACCACCAUGGCCCCUCUAAAUAUCACCGCAUUUGCAGAGGCCUGGACAGCCCUUUACGCACACUUCAAUGCCAUCGGCUAUCUUCCUUCGAAAUCCGUGGUCUAUCCCCCAUUCUCACCAGCUCUGCCACUGGUGCAUGAUUCUAUCGACCUGCAUCCAUUAAUCCUAGAACUGUUACCAAUUAUUCCACAUCCUGUAUCGUACGAGGUAUCGUGCAGUUUCGAGGUUCUUCCGAAUACUCAGGCGGUGCCGUAUACUGAGCAUACCAGCCUGCAGCUUUCCCGUGACCCGCUCAAGUAUUUUCUCGAUGGGAUUGUGGACGAGGAGUAUGUGACAAAGGAGUUGAGCGCGGAGGAGGUUCUGUUGACUACGCAAUUGCCGUAUGGCCGGUCGUUGAUUCUGAACGUUGGCACACUAAGAGAAUACUCUACAAGCGAAUAUCCUCCCGUGCAAGAGGACAAAUUAGUAGUACCCGAGGAUCCCUACGAUUACCGCAACUGGCCACAGCUACCUGCCGUCGAGACUGUGUGGUCGUAUGUUCGCAAGUUUGAGGGUCUGGAAUGGAUUGCAUUCUGCGGUGAUGUAGAGGGAGGGAUAAUUGAGAGCUUUGGUCAUGAGAGCUCAAACGAAUCCUCAUCGACGAGUAUGGCUGGCCAGACGCGUUUAGGAGGGAUGAUUGGAUUCGAGAGAGAGAUGGUAUACACAAUCGAUUGGUGAAGGAGUAUUACGCGCAAGACGAGUAUAUUCGGGAACGGAUUAUAGAAUAUGGUAUAUAUGGACCAAACGAGCGACUUAAUACAGGUGAAGCCGCGUUGCUGUA